AUGUUUCCGUCGAUGUUUCUGCACCUCCAAUAGCAAACCCAUAUCAAAGCUAUCCUACCAGUAAUACCCUGCAAAACCCAAGGCAUUCCUGGUUUUAAAGGAAAAACAAGCAAACAAUUAAAGUGUAGUGGGGAAUGGAGGACAGCAGGAAAGAGGCGAGUCGUGGCCGUCGCCAUGGCAGGAAGAAGGGCCCACUGAUGCCGGGGAAUCCGCCGGGAGCACUUCUGGCCAACGGCCAUGGCACCGGAGGGAAGAGCGCCGCCAAGGCGAACAACCCGAACAAGAAGGGCUCGAGGCCCGGCGACGUGGAGAAACUGAACGCCGCGGAGGAGAAGGGCCUGCGCCAGCUGGUCAGCGACUUUCUGCAGAGCCACGAGCCGGAGCAGCAUUUGCGCGGACUGACCAAGGCGCAGCGCAGCCACGUGCACCGGCUGGCCCAGAGUCGCGGCCUGAAGACGACCAGCAAGGGUCCCGAGGACGACCGCGUGCUGACCAUAACGCGACCGCAUUCGGACGGCCUGCAGCACAACCUCCUGGGCAACGCCAAGCUGCACAUGAGUGCCAAGCUCGUCGAUGCCCUCCGCCAACUGAACGGGUCCGUGGAGAGGCACCUUGCCACCAACUAUGCGGGCCGCUUGCGGGUCAAUCGGCUUCAGGAAGAGCAGCGACGGCCGUCAAACUUCGGCCUGGUGGGACAGAGGCUGAUCCCGCCACCACAUGGCAAUCGCAACAGGAGCAUUCAGCAGGAGCGACAGAGCUUGCCCAUCUACAAUCAGCGCGAUAACAUCCUCGGUGUUCUGCAGCACGAGCAGGUUUUGAUCAUCAAAGGAGCCACCGGCUCGGGCAAGUCCACCCAGUUGCCGCAGUACAUCCUCGAGUGGGCCGCCGACCAUCGUGCGCCGGUCAGGAUCGUGGUGAGCCAGCCACGUCGCAUAGCAGCGAUCAGCGUGUCGGAGCGCAUUUCUAAGGAGCGCGGCGAGGCGCCGGGCAGUACAGUCGGCUAUCAGAUUCGCAUGAACAGCAAAUGCAGCAGCCAAACAGUCCUCACACUGACCACCAGUGGUUGCCUCUUGCGAGCUCUGGCCAUGGACGGCGAGUCCUUCUUCAAGAACACGACUCAUUUGAUCAUCGACGAAGUCCACGAGCGCGAUCUGGAUACCGACUUCCUGCUGCUGGCCACCAAACUGGAGCUGCAAAAGAACCCCCAUCUCCGCCUGGUGCUCAUGUCGGCCACCAUGGAUUUGAAGGCUCUCUCCGACUUCUUUGGCAAGGCCUCUGUGCUGGAUGUGGAGGGACGCAGCUUUGGAGUGAGAAUCUUUCACCUGGAGGAUAUUCUCAGUGAGACCGGCUACAUGACUCCCAGAAUGGAGCAGUUCUUGGUAGAGCCGACAGGCGAGGAACAACCCGACGAGCUCCUGGCCGCCUAUUACGGUGGUCGGACCAUAAUUGACCCCGACAUUGACAAUGACCUUAUUGUUUCGCUGCUGGAGCUGUUGUUGCGCCAGGGCGACACCGGAGCGGUGAUUGUUUACCUGCCAGGGUUCAAUGAUAUGACCGCGCUGAUGGACCGCUUGGACAUGGCUCUGCCGCGCGACCAGAUCAAGAUCUUGCUGCUGCACAGCCAGGUGGACAACAACGAGCAGCGGAAGGUGUUUCGGGUCUAUCAAGGUGUGCGUUUGAAGAUCAUCCUCAGCACCAACAUAGGUCAGACUUCGAUUACCAUUCCUGAUCUGAUCUACGUCAUCGACACGGGUCGCGCCAAGAUGAAGACCUAUGACCCGGCCACGGAUGCCUCUCAGCUGACGAGUACGUGGAUCUCACAGGCGGACGCCAAACAGAGGGCCGGAAGGGCUGGACGCUUGCGCCACGGCAUCUGCUAUCGGCUCUUCGACAGCGACCGGAUGGCCAGGAUGGACCUGUACACCAUUCCCGAGAUCAUGAGGCGCACGCUCGACGAAAUAUGUCUGCUGACCAAGGUGGCGGCUCCGGACAAGAAAAUAGACAAGUUCCUAGCUCUGGCUUUGGAUCCGCCGCAACCGGAGGCCGUGAAGCAGGCCUGUGCGAGGCUGCAGCUCCUGGGCGUGCUCAGGGAAGAGAAUGAAACGAUCACGCCGCUGGGGCGAAUAAUCGCCGAACUGCCCCUGGGAGUGCAACUGGGCAAGGCAUUGAUCUACGCAAUAUACUUCCGUUGCCUGGGCAGCAUGACCAUCAUUGCGGCCUACCACUCGGUGAGAGAUCCAUUCGUGUUGAACACGGAUCGGGGCAAGAAAUCGGGUCAGCAGACCGCCUGCCGGCUUCUUUUCGCUGGCGACGGGAUGAGCGACUCGCUGGCCGCGCUGCAGCUCUACGAGGAGUUCACAAACUUGAAGCGCACCAAUGUCGGCGAGUUCUGUGAGCGCAAUUUUGUGUGUCGCCACUCGAUGGAGAUGUUCGUGUCGGCGGUGUCCACUCUACGCGACACCGUGUACCGCAUCUUCCGCUCCAGCCAGGCCAGUGCGCGCUUGGCCUCGACCUUCGACAAGGAUACGAACAUGAUACGACUGGCCCUGACGGCAGGCCUGUACCCCAAGCUGGCCUACAUGGACCGGGAGAAGAAGCAUCAGCUGGUUGCCGAAGGCGAUCCCUUCGUUCAGGUGUCGAGGAGCUCUUGCCUGCUGGGCAGGAAGAAGCAGAAGACUUUGGCCAGCGAGUGGAUCCUGUUUGUGGAGAAGAGCCGUGGCGCGGACCAGAGGUCCACACUGGAGCACACCACCCUGGUGAGUGGCUUAAUGGUGGUUCUGGCAGGCGGAAAGGAGUUCCGAGUCGUGCCGUUCGGCUCGGAGGUGCUCUUGUGCCUAGACUCAUGGGUGCGGGUAAAAUGCCCAACCGAAGUUGGCCUUCAAAUUCAAAAACUGCGGACGCUUAUGGAUCGCGAAGUUGCCGAGUUGGUGGAGUCCCGCAAGUUCUGCUCAUCGAGAGAGUGGAUUGGCCCAGAGGCGGUCUGCCAGCUGAUGCGGGCAGACGAGCAGUCCGUGUGCCUGGCUGAGGGCAAAAGCCUGCCCGACGAGGGUAACUGUGAUAACGACAUUUUAUGCUUAGGCGAAAAACUGCGUACAUACGUAAGACAUACAGUAUUCGCAGAGUGAUGGAUCCGUAGAAAUAAAUCCAAAUUUUUACGAUAAACCUACAUUUGUACAGUGCGUUUCAAAAGCAGAAGACAGCAUUUCGUACCUGAUAGGGCAGCUAAAUUCACAACUGAGAGGCUAACGUAUAUUUCCCAAACCGCAUAUUUUUUACAUCGAAUAUUUGAUAGAAUAUACAAAACUUUCAUUAGAACGUAUACAAGCAAAUAUUUCAGUCUGACUCUUAAGAUGUACAAAGCAUUUGUUAGGUAAUCCGGUUUCCACUGUACUUAGUAAUUAUAAACGUACAUUUUAAGUAACUUACGGAAUACUUUUGCCCAAUGUUCUGUUUCUUAGUUAUUUUGCAUCUGUGUCAGCUCUUAAGAGCUUAAAGCAACGAUCCUAAAAGUUUUAAUAUUAUAAAUAGGACAAAUUGAAUAUAUCUUGGAAAUGUUUAAAUGGUUUGAUACACUGAUAUCAGCAAAAACAAUUAAACUUAUGGCUGCUUUAUUCUUGCACUAAUAAAUUUACAAAAAGUGGAAAUCAUAAAAUUGAAAACAUCAAAACGAGAAAUUAGAUAAUACGUUCCCUUAAUGGCAAUUAAAGUCCCGCAAAUCGAAUUAUUUUUCGUGGUACAAGAGCAUAAAAUAACUUAAUCAUUUCAAGUCAUUUGAUAUGAAUUUUACUGGAGAUGAGCUAUCACAAGACACUAACUGAAUGAGAUUUUUUAUAGUUUUCAUUUUUGCUAAACCUAAGAAUAAUUUUGAAUAUAUGAGGAGAUCUCAGAACUUUAUUCUACUUAUUUACGGAGCAGGUAUUCAUCACCUGGCCUUUUCUGAGUCUUAUUUCAAGAUGCCUUGUGUAAAUUCGAAAAGCUGGCAGGUAUUCCUAAACGGAGUUAAAAACAGUCUUGAAAGAGAAAAGCAGAAAGACUUUAGGAUAUUUUCAAACGUACAACAUAAUCCCUGAAUCUCAUUCCCCGUCUCACGACAGGUACUCAUAGGUGUAACUAUUUAAGCUCUGAAACGCACUGUAGGCACAUUUUAGUAAUUGGAAACACACAGGGAAUUAAAAUGUAAACCAAAAAUAUGAACUUGGAGAGUGUAAUUGCGGCACUCCCUAAUUGCCGGGUGAAAAUAUGUGUGCCACAAGUGCCACGAGAUGGCAGGGAGAUCGCGACUCGCAGUCGGUGUCGGUGUCAGUGUCAGCGGGCCCAGGCGGCGGGCGUGGCAGUUCCCUGCGGUGCAUUGGGCCAUGGCAGCCACGGAGCUGGCGUUUAUGCUCCACCUGCCCCACCUGCCCCACCUGCCUCACCUGCCGCCCACUGCCCAUUCAGGCGCAAACAAGAGCGGGCAAACUGAAAAAAGAGUUAAUUGCACAGACGACGCAGUCAAUAAACCUGAAGUCGAGCUUGUCGCUGCAGCAGCAACAAUGGCCACAAAGACACCGGAGCAACAGCAGCAGCAACAGCAGCAGCAACAGCCAACAAAAGACGGCAGCUUACUCACAAAGAAAGUGAAAUUAAUUUGUUAUUUUCGGUCGAUGGUGGCUCUUGAGCGAUGCCUUUGAAAACUGGGAGAGAGCAUGGCCAAUCUCCACGGUCGACCCUACAGAUUCGGUGUAUUUUCGCUCCCAUAGAAUGCGUUGUAUGUGCAAAAUACUGUGUAAAACAUUUUAAAUUAAAUGUCCGCUGUACGUAGAAAAUGAACACAAAACACUAGGAAAACAUUUCAUUACCAUUCCUGUUUUUAAAACCCGCUCAAAAUGUAAAUACUAUAAACAAUUAAGGUAUUUGUCAUCAAAUUAGCUAAACAUUUACAAUAUUUUUUGGGUUUCUUCAAAGCACAUCACCAAUGCAUUUCCCUUUUAAUAUAUAAAACACUUCCAACUGUCCUUACAUUUCCCAUACCUUUAAAAAUCCGUCCUCCCUGCAAAAAGCCUUUUAUAAUUUCAAAACAGAUGAUAUUAUGCUUCCACUUCAAAUUAAACCUAAGACAUUUUUUGUGUCUUUAAUUUUCGAUAUUUUUUCCUGUCUGAAAAAUUGUACUUAAAAUGUGUAUUUCAGCAUAUUCGAGAGCACACUUAGGUCUAAAAUAACUUAAAAAGUAAAUGUAAAAUAUUUUUGAUGUACCUACAACUACAGCUUUUAAGAAUAAAAUUUUACUAGAUGUUUGGAGCGAAAAAA